AAAGUGUUCGAGCAUUCAUAGAGUGUGGUAGCAUGCUCGGCUAAUUCGGAAACUAUGUGAACGCAUGGGUUACUUUACCUGCGACUUUGGCUGAGGUCCGCUUGUGACAUUGAGGAGGCGGGAGAAGGGGACUUAGUAUUUUCAAACUUUGGUUUGAGCUUCCUCAACCUAGUCAAAGCCAUCUUCAAAGUCGAAGCUUCAAUGAACAAACUUGGACUGAAAAAAGUCACAUAUACCUUUGCUAAAGCCCAGAAAAGCUAAAAGUUUCCAAAACCAUUUCUUAGCAGAGAAUAUCUUUUCAUUUCUUAUCGGGAAAGAAGCUGUGAUUAAGAAAACUUAUUGCUUAAAAAGGGAACUGACAAAAGAAUUCAGUAUCUUACGAAUCUACUCUUUGGAUGUUUCCUACAUCAUUGCAACUCUAAAUGCGAUUUAGUUGCUCUUUUGCAACACCUUGAAAUCUCAUGCAAACAAUAUAAAACCCUUGUUCUUCAGUAAAAUAGUUCGAGAUAGUUGAUAAGACAAAUGUUUUCUUUAUUUAUUUUUUGAAGAAGUUGUUGAAAAUAUUUUUUAAUCCCGAACACUUUAGCAGUUGAAGUUAUUUAUUGAAGAUUCAAGCUGUUUUUCUCCAUGAAAAUAUCUUCCUCAAAUAUAUAUUCAUUAUAAUCAAUAUAUAUGUUACACGUAAAGAUUGAGUUCGAAAGUACAUUCAUGUAUCUCUAAGCAGAAACUUAGUAGAAACGUAUUUUGAAACAUUUUUUAACUUCUGAAAUAUUUGUUACCAUUAUUUAUUCAAAAUGCAUAUCAUAGGUGCCCAAUUAAUAUGCCUUGCUGUCUUGUUUUUGUCAAUGCUGAUAGUGUUUUCACUUCCAUAUUGGUGGAUUGGUCGCAAACCUGAAUCAUUUGAUGGAUCUCGCUAUCAAACUGCUAUCAGUUUAGCCAAUUGUUUAUCUGGAGGAGUUUUCAUUGCUACAUUCUUCGUUGGACUAAUGCCUGAAGUCCGUGAAAUGUUUCUAGAAGUUUUAGAAUCUUAUAAAAUAUCUUCUGUGUUCCCGGUGACUGAAUUUGUGAUAUUUAUAGGUUUUCUUUUGGCGUUGGGUAUCGAACAAUGCGUCCUGGAGUAUCGAGAAAGGAAUGCUAGGACAUACGCAUCCGUUCCUUUAACAAAUAGCGAAGAUAACAAGUCUGACUUAAUUUCGUCUCCAGUAUCUUGUGGAAUGAAAGAUGUAUGUGAUAGUAGCGUUGUAGAUUAUGAUAGCGACAAUCCUAUGAAAGCAACUGUGGUUAAAAUAACGAAUGGCAAAUCCGACAGUGAUUCUUUAGUUGGUUCUCCUGAAAAGUUUCAUAGUCACAAUAACCACCAUGGCCACAGUCAUGAUAUAGGGCAAAUGCUUCAAGGUGAUAGUGGAAUCCGUCUUGGUAUGCUGAUGGUGUCUCUAGGUGUACAUUCUUUAUUUGAAGGACUGGCACUGGGUCUUCAAACUUCGGUAGCUACUCUUCUUAACUUGGUAAUAGGAGUUGCUGUUCAUGAGCUCCUGGUUGCUUUCGCAAUGGGAGUGAAUGUUGCUCGUCUCCGGCUUCCUAAAUCGACCAUUGUUAAGCUGGCAAUUUUAUUUGCUGCCCUGAUUCCGAUUGGACAGGUAUUUGGUAUUUUCAUUGGCUAUUACCAGUCCAUAUCUGCCGUGGCUGUAAGCGCGGUUCUCCAAGGCUUAGCCGCCGGGACAUUUAUACAUGUAACAUUCCUUGAAGUAAUUCCAGCAGAAUUUAAUGAGUCUGGACCACGGCUUUUAAAAGUGUUUUUCUUAGGCUUAGGUUUUAUGUUGUUGUUAUUUUGUAGUGUAUUUAUGCAAGGUUCAAGUCAUCAUCAUCAUCACUGACGAUGUACUUCAGUCAGAGGCGGAGCGGAAAAUUCUAAGCUUCGGUACAUAAUUGCCAUCGUUCUUCGCUUCCAUUUGCGAUGUUUCUAAAUUCAACAUUGUGAUUCCAUGAGUGGAAAAAUGUGUCUGUUGUUAUAUGCGUAUGAUUGUAAUUGUUGAUUAAUAUUUAAUAAUUAUAUUAAUAAAUUAAUGUUUUGAUUUGC